AUGGCAUCGCUUGAGGAGGAUGAGGACCGCGACCUGGCAGGCUCCCAGGACGGCAGCUCCGACAAUGAGAUGGAAGAUGCUAUGCGUGACAUGGAUGACGGGGAAGGAGACAACGAGCCGGAUGCCGAUGCCGAUGCCGACCAAGAUCAGGACCAGGACCAGGACCAGGACCAGGACCAAGAACCAGACAGCCCUUCAAAUGCCAGCCAGGCUUCAGAUGGUGCGGGUUUAGCUUCUCAGCCCAACCAAGAUACCACCAACAUGACGUCCCCCGGAAAUGCAGAGAACUCCACGCUGGAGUCAUUCUCCAUUUACCAUCCAAGCGUUCGCCCGGAGUGCCUUACAGCCAAAACCUACGACAUUGUCCCUACCACGGCCGCGCCUCAUAGUACUUCCAUCAACGCCGUGACCGCGACGGCAGACAUGCGCUGGGUAUUUAGUGGAGGCUCUGAUGGAUACGUGCGCAAGUUCAACUGGGCAGAUUCAAUCAACAGUAAGCUUAUGUUGACGGUUGCGCAACGCCAUCCUUUUGUGGAUAGCGUAGUGAAAGCUGGAGUCUACAUGACUUACUGGGAAAACAUGGACGGAAACAAUCUAUCGCCGGUCUAUUCUUUGGCAUGUCAAAGCGAAGGCAUGUGGCUGCUUGCGGGCCUGGAGUCUGGGACAAUCCGAUUACAGACCCUUCGCCACGACGAAAGCAAGGACAUAGCGCUACUUCGACAACAUACAUCGGCCGUCUCAUCGUUAAGCCUGACAUCCGAUGAGCAAUCUCUGUUGUCGGGAAGCUGGGAUAAACGGGUCUUCGAUUGGGACUUGAAUACUGGGCAGGCCCGCCGCGCAUUUGGGGGAAGUGCUGGUCAGAUCUCUACUGUGCAAAUUCGACCAGAAUCUUCCCUGCCCAUUCCAUCCGAUACGAUUGAUUUCUCGCAAACAAACGGUACCUACUCGUCCAAUUAUGAAGCGAGCGGUACAGAUAACUUUAAUGCCAUGGACACCACUCAAGAUGCUGGAGAAGCAGGCGCCCCUGAGAACCCGCAGGCGGGUUCCCCGACAGAUUCCUUGUUUGGAGGCGCAGAUUCUCUAUUUGGAGAUGCAGAUGGUGGGGCAGCAGAUGGCAACGAACCGUCUGGAGGUGUAUUUGGAGUCGACGAAGAUGACGAGUUUGGCCGUGCCCUUGCAAAUGGCGUUCUGGCCGAUGCUGGCGCGCCUAGCGAAAUGGAUACCAACAUGCCUCAGGCUGAUUCCGCGUCACAGAUGCAGGCCGCACCCACAGAUACAAACGCCAACCCCGAUGCAUCCAAUGUGACACAAGAUCCGACGAGCAAUAUUCCGCCCGUCGCGUCUGAACCCUUGGUCAACGGCCUUCCAAAGGCCGAGGACUUGGAAGCACAGUCAUCCGGCUAUGAUAUCUCGCAGGCUAUGCAGACAGAGCAGACGCCUGGAUCUGACACUACAUUCUUGGCUGCAUCUAUGGACGGUACAAUUCGGGUAUGGGAUCGACGACAGCCCGAUCCAGUGGCUCGAAUCACCCCUCGCAAUGUUCCACCCUGGUGUAUGAAUGCAUGCUGGUCUCCAGAUGGAAACUAUAUAUAUGCGGGACGAAGAAACGGCACGGUGGAGGAAUACAGCCUCCAUAAAGGCCUCAGGGAAUCUGAACGAACCUUCAAGUUUCCGCAGGGAAGCGGCCCCGUCACAUCUCUCAAGGCUAUGCCGAAUGGCCGCCAUCUCGUCUGUGCAUCCCACGACAUCCUGCGACUCUACGACCUGAGACACGAGCAAUCUUCCCGACACUCAACCGUGCCGUUCUUGAUUAUUCCGGGCCACCGUACCGGAACUAUCUCCCAGCUUUAUGUGGACAAUGCCUGUCGCUACAUGAUCUCCACUAGUGGAAACCGUGGCUGGGAGGGGAAUAGCACUGAGGUUCUCCUGGGAUAUGAAAUUAGUGUUCCGCAAUGA